UGUCUUCUCUCCAUCUCUUGCGCUCGCUGCUGGCUGCGCAAUCCCUGCACCCAGACUCCAGCUCCAGUUGGAGACCCCCGACUCCAGCUACAGAGACCCUGACCCAGCGAGACAGAGACUGCAAGCAUGUCAUCAGAAAAGUCAGGCCUCCCGGACUCGGUCCCUCACACCUCUCCGCCGCCCUACAACGCCCCGCAGCCGCCCGCCGAGCCCCCCGCCCCGCCCCCGCAGGCGGCGCCCUCCGCGCACCACCACCACCACCACCACUACCACCAGUCGGGCACCGCCACCCUCCCGCGCCUCGGGGCCGGCGGCCUGGCGGCGUCCGGGGCCUCCGCCGCGCGCGGGCCCUCGUUCUCCGCCACUCUGCCGCGGCCCCCGCACCACGCCCCGCCCGGCGCGGCCUCGGGGGCGCCCCCGCCCGGCUGCGCCACCUUGCCCCGCAUGCCACCCGACCCUUACCUGCAGGAGACGCGCUUCGAGGGCCCGCUGCCCCCGCCGCCGCCCGCCGCCGCCGCCCCGCCCCCGCCGGCGCCCUCGCACACCGCCCAGGCCCCCGGCUUCGUGGUGCCGACGCACCCCGGGGCGGUGGGCACGCUGCCGCUGGGGGGCUACGUGGCCCCCGGGUACCCCCUGCAGCUGCAGCCCUGCACCGCCUACGUGCCGGUCUACCCUGUGGGCGCGCCCUAUGCAGGCGGGACCCCGGGGGGCGCGGGAGUCCCCUCCACGCUGCCCGCGCCGCCGCAGGGCCCGGGGCUGGCCCUGCUGGAGCCCAGGCGCCCGCCGCACGACUACAUGCCCAUCGCAGUGCUGACCACCAUCUGCUGCUUCUGGCCCACGGGCAUCAUCGCUAUUUUCAAGGCGGUGCAGGUGCGCACGGCCCUGGCGCGCGGAGACAUGGUGUCGGCCGAGAUCGCCUCGCGCGAGGCGCGGAACUUCUCCUUCAUCUCCCUGGCGGUGGGCAUCGCGGCCAUGGUGCUCUGCACCAUCCUCACCGUGGUCAUCAUCAUCGCCGCGCAGCACCACGAGAACUACUGGGAUCCGUGAGGACGCCCCCGGCCCGGCGCCGCCCUGCGCCCCUCCACCUCAGCGCGGCCUGCGCUCCCGCCGCGGACCCCCGGGGCGCCCUGCACACCCGCCCCCGGGGCUGCCGGACUGGGAUGCGCCCUAAGCUCGGCCUCCGCGGAAGCCCUCGCGGUGCGGGCACGCUCCGAAUCCAGUUCCUCAGGAACCGCGCCGAAGCCCACACUCCCAAGGACGCCGCGUCCCUGGGUCCCAGCCAAACACCAGGCCCCAGGCGCCCCAGACUCCCCUCCCCGCUAAAAGCAGCGCCCCCGGGGAAGCUGCGGGAGGGUCCUUCGCGGAGCCGGGAGCCUGGUCCCGCAAGCCCCGCCUCCUCCAUAGGCUCCGCCCCGGCUCUGAAAACCCCCGCCUCCAGGUCGGCAGGCUCCGCCUUCUUCUCUUCCUCGCGGGGUGCUUCGGGCCGGCGAUUGGGUUUGGGGCACCGCGCCUCGACCCCAGACCGACAGACUCCUCCCGUUCUCGCGGCGUGAGGACCCAGCCGCGGCGCAGCCACGGCUCCCGCGCGCUCCCGUAUUUGCCGGCGGUUUCUUGUCUCCUCCACCCCAUCUCCGCCGAGUUUCUUGCUAAUCCCAGAACCUCUAUUUUUGUUUUGUUUCUUGGGAUGGCGUUUGGGAGGCUCCCAGUUUAGGACCCUUCCCUCUGGGAAGAAGAUACCGUGCGGGUCCCUGUAAAUAUUCCCGAGCAGCCGGGCGAAGGGAACCCAGGCUGCGGGCCUGCCGGUGUCCGGAGGGAGCCCGCUCCCGCCCCCCGGCAGCCCCGCCUUGUUCUGGUCUGUGUGUGAGUGUGAGUGUGAAUUUCUGAAAGCCAAUAUUAAAGAGUCUCAGUGGAUUUAUCA